GUUGACUAGUUAAGUUGACCCGUGUUCUGGCUGACAUAAUCGUUCUGCCUGCCAGGACCGAGACAACGUCAUUCGAUAGCUGCCUCCCAAGUCCAAGCAGGGGACCGUCAGCCCAUCCGCUCUCCCCAUUGACUUCACACGAUCCUGUCCUUGUUGAUAAAAGCUCCCUUCCUCCUCUUCCCUAUCCCAUCAUUAUCACCACCAUCAUCACCAUGUUCCGCCACGCCAUUGCCCGUCCUCUGCUGCGUACCAGCACCCCCGUCGUUAACCGAUCAUUCUCCAUUGCCGCCGCCAGAAUGGGCGAGGGCGACCUCGGUGCUCCCCGCAAGGGUGGUUCCCAGCAGGAUGACACUUUCUCCCGCCGCGAGGCUGCCCAGGAGAACCUCUACGUCCGCGAGAAGGAGAUGGAGAAGCUCCGUGCCCUCAAGGCCAAGCUGAAGGAGCAGCGCGCUCACCUCGACGAGCUCGACAAGCACAUUGACGAGCUCACCCGCAGCCAGGGCGGCGAGCAGAACUAAGAAACGUCCGCAUGACUCCCAACAACUGCCCGUCCAUCCUCUUCCUUUACCCCCUUGAGUACGCGUGAAACGUCUUCAUGAGAUUUCAUGGCGAUGGAUUCUCCACGAGAACAAUGUGGGUGAAUCAAGUCAUGGGAGACGGUUGCAUCGGGACUGGCAUUUUUGUCUCGAAUGGGCCUAUCCCAGGAAACAGAACAGUCUGAGAGAUCCUGUCCCUCCUCCACUCCUAAUUGUCACUAUUAUUUCCUCAUUUUAUAUCUCUGUGAUUUUCAAGCCAGCUAGCUAUCAAACGAUGAUUGUUUGCUUGGAUAUAGUAAUGUCAUGUCAUUACUCCGUAACCACCUGCAUUCCGCUUCCCGUUCCGGAAAGGGAAAGCAUCUCAAUUGGGUCUGCUAAAUAUAAAACCUAAUAGUAGCCCGGAGGCUUCAUUCGUAAGAUC